UAGCUAUUUUAUAAAAUGAACGAACUGUUUUUAUACAGAGUAGGCAUUUUGUUCAGUAUUUUCAGGGUACACUAGUGACAAUGUACACCUAGAUACUUCCUUGAACAGAAGUUUUACAUCACACAACACUCAACUCAAGUGUCAGCACCUUGUCAACUUCCUGUUGAUUGUCUGGACGUCAACCACCAUUCAUUCAUAGUUUCCUUCAAACAGGAUUCGAAUACAUAUAUAUGGAAAUGCUUUUUAAAACAAAUACUCAAAGGAUUUGUCUUCACGGAUUGUUUAUUGUGACGUUUCUUUAUUAAGAAUUAUUAAUAUAGACAUGCUUAGCAAGUAACAUAAAACUAAAAGUGAAGAAGACAUUUACCUCGAAUGUAUCUGAAUUGUUUAUUUAAAAUAAUUUCUAUUAUUAUGUUAUGUGACGUCAAAAAGUUAUUGUAAACUAAUAUAUGACAUCUUGCUAUCAUAAACUUCUAUAUUUCGUGGUGUAAUUAAUUCUACAAACUUCAUUGAUGGAAAUGUUCACUGUACCAAUGAAUGUGUCUUCAUUCAAUGAAACCAAGACGUCAAGCAGUGAAAAAAAUUUCAUUGAUGCAACUAUUUAUUACAUGGUUCUGUUCUUGAUGGCUGUCGGGCUGCCAGGAAACGUUGCUGCUGUAGUCGUCAUGCUCAAAAUGAAAGUCCGAACCCCAGCUGUUCUAGCCGUGGCCUACAUGGCGUUAUUUGACAGCUUGGCUUUGAUAAGCAAAAGCAUCUCUUACGGGCUGGAGUACGAGAAGGUGGACUUUGGUGUAGUCGGCUGUAAGCUGUAUUACGUGCCAGUGGUGGCCUGCUCAUCCAUCGCUAACUGGACUCUUGUCCUCAUUUGCGCGGAACGUUUCAUCUCAGUCACCUACCCUUGGAAGAGGUCACAAAUCAUUAAGUUCAGGUACCUCCACAAAACGGUCAUCGCCAUCUCUGUAGUUCUGUCCAUCUAUUUCACAAUUCAUUUCUGCGUGUUCUUCGAGUGGGUCGACGGGAAGUGCCGGAUCGUCAACUCCUACCUCGCGUACCGCUUCAUCCGCCAAGCGGUGUCCACACUCUCUCCUCUCAUCCUGAUCAUUAUUUGCACCGUCAGCGUCAUGAGAAAAGUUUCGUUCUCAAAGGUCAACAGGAACAUUACGAUGCAGACGAAGCUGAGCAGGAGGAAGCUGGAAGCCUUCAUGAGUCGCAUCAUGAUCACCACCGCCAUUCUGUUCUUUGUACUCAACAUCCCAUACAUAGUGUGUGUCUCCAUCUUGUGGCCCGCCUUAGACUUUACCCGGAGAUUGGACGUUGUGAUCUUAAUAAACAUUUCCUAUUUCCUGAGAGACUCUUCACACGCUCUAAACUUCUACAUUUAUGUUAUUUCAGCGAAAGGUUUCAGAAAACAAUUUUUUCUCAUAAUUAAAGAAUUUUUAUUUAAAGAGAAGAAGAAACGAGAAGCUUCCAUUGCCCUGGGUGCAAGAUUAAACGAAUGCUAUAUUCUGAAGAGAGCAAGCAAGCUUUGAAAGCAGUCUGAAUAGAAUGUUAUGUUCACACACAUGGAGGUCCAGAUAGAGAGCAGAACAUACUGCUCGCUCUCCAAAGCAGUCGUAGAAAUCAUCAUUGUACGCAAUGAAACAUCAGAUUUUUCUGCACUUGAUUAAGUCUUUCUCAUCAAACUCCAUUUGAAUGAGGGCUUGAGAGGCUCAAAUCCUCUCUUGCAAAAGCCCUGCACUUGAAUCGAAGAAAUUUGGAGCUUACAGCCGUAAGUCUUGGCCAGAUCCGCUGCUAACACAAAGUAUUAUGAAGUGAACUCCAUGUCUCGCUAAUCUUGGGAGUCAGUCCACAAAAAGUGUUCGCUACUCUUAGACGUGUUCAAGAUGAGUUACUAGGAAACUGACGUUUGAAAUCCUUAGGAUAGAGAGACAAUGACAUUGUUCUUUCUUUCCUUUUAACACUGUGAUAAAACAUUCUAGUUAAAUAGAUUUUUUUUAGAAACCAGAUUCAUUCUUUUUACUUUCCAACAAUUGAAGAGCGACAGAGCGUUUGGGUUGCUAAAUACAUUUUGUGAUAUCUACAUAACUAUACUUUAAAUUAACACAGAGAUCUACAGCGUAAUACAGAUGUAUAGUUAGUAGGGCGAGAUAUAUUACAAUGUGAUAUUUGUUACUUAUAGACUUAUAUAUACUUAAAUUAUUUAAAUGUUACAUUGUCCUUUUCAUAUGUUUAUAGAAAUAUUAGAUUUUUGAAAUAUUUUUCUUUAUUUGUUAAAUUGUGUGUUAUAGUUACUAGGUGAAAAUGCAUAACAUUUUAAACUGAACAUCUUGAUUAGCCCACAUAGAUAAUAGAUAUGUUUUGGCAAAUGUGUCUGUUUUUUGUUUUUUUGUCAACAAGCGUAAGAAGUGAUUUAGAUAAAAGCAACCGUCCAACCGUUCUUGAGGACCUACUGUCCUCUUCCAAGACAAAGACUUUCAAGUUAGAUCUUCCCUCUAUGUUCAUCUCUGAGACCAGGACUAGUGCGCACUUUGUGGACACAAUAUCUUGCCACACCAAACCACAUUAAGCCACAUCAAAACACAUCAGACCACAUCAAGUCACAUUGAAAUAUAUCAAGCCACAUCAAAACACAUCAAACCAUAUAAAAUUACAAUCAAUGUUCGUAUUGUUCAGCGCCCAGUAGGUGAUGUUUAGAUUUAAAACAGUAAUACCGUCCCUCGCCAUUUGUCUCUUUGACUUCCAAGACCUCACUCCAUUGUUUAUCGUUGAAACAUAAACCUUUUAAUUAUGUAUUCAUCAUUACGUUUUCAAACUAAAUAAAUAUGUAUAUAUAUGAUUGUAGUUGAUUGUAUAAAUAAAUAAAUAUGUAUAUAUAUGAUUGUAGUUGAUUAUAUAAAUAAAUAAAUAUGUAUAUAUAUGAUUGUAGUUGAUUGUAUAAAUAAAUAAAUAUGUAUAUA